GUCGUAAAGGUAAAAGAAUAUUUUCAUACAGUCGUAAACAUGACGUCACCACAACAUUUUUAGUUUUUAAUUAAUUACUCCCUAAUUAUAAAGUAAAAUAAAAUUACAAGAAUGAAAUAUUUUAGCUCAGAAUUGAAAAAUAAAGAAACGGUAUUUUUAUUUUAUGCAUGUAAAUUUUUUGAAAUGUAUAAGUGUAAUAACUAUGUAUACUUGUUUACAAUGUUAUUUUAAGAUCUGGAAAAGGAAAAACUAAGUACAAGGGAAUAGUGAUUCACAAAGUCAGAGUAAAGUGAUUACUACGCUUACAUAAAUUAUCUUCUUUUUUAAUUUAUAAUACAAAAUGGAAAGAAAUACUGAGUUGCGAAAAUUACCAAUGGGAUCACUUUAUAAUAUUAUUAAUAUAUUGGAGAUAAAUGAUUCGUGGCAGAAAGUUAUGGCUUGGAUACCUACAAAUCCUCAAAGUGAUCAUUUUCAUCGGAAGUAUAACAGCGAGCAUUUGAGGAUGAUACAAGAUGAUGCAAAAAUUUCAAAACGAACAUGUUCUGAAAUUCUCUUCGACGAAUGGAGUACGUCAGGUAGGAUCAGACCUACAGUUGCAACACUCUUAGAUGUGCUUGUGAAAGCAGAAAUAUAUAGAGCUGCUGAUGAAAUUGCCAAUAUUUUGGGUGAGCCUCUACCUCCUAGACCUUUAGAAGGCCCUGCUGCGAAAAUAGAUACAAAUGUAACAUUUAUGCUGAAUGGAGAGAGUAUGCCAUUAGAUGGCAGUGAUGUUAAUUUAAAGGACAACCAAAAUUUGGAUACUAAAAAUACAAAUCAACAUCCAGAUUUACAUAACAGAACAACUAAACAACUGAAAUCUGCCGACCCUUUGAUAAUCUUUAGUAAUGACAAUAUUAGUAACGGUCCUAAAGAUUCAAAAUCAUUUGGACACAAAACCACAGCACAAGUAAUAUCUUAUGAAAGAAAUUCAGCAUACAGGUCAACGUUACGAACAGAAGAACUGCCAAAUAUUUCUGCUUUGAUGGGCACAUCAGUUAAUUCCUCACAGUCGUACGGUACGACACAAUCUACUGAACUAAAGGAAACAAGACGAUCACUAUCUAGCAACAACAUAUCAAUUUUAUCUGACGAUAGCAUGCGCAGUGUUAUAGAUUCAAAAAUAUUAGAAGAUGAAAAUUUGAUAUCAUUCGAUUAUAAUCAAUUAGCUGCGAUUACUAAUAAUUUUUCUGAAGACCUUAAUGAAGGUCGGACAGGACUAUCUGGGAAGAUAGGAGGAGGUGGUUUUGGUGAAGUAUUUGUUGGUACUCACAAUAGAUAUGGACAGUUGGCUGUUAAGAAAGUAAAGUGUUACCUUCAGUUUAAUUACAAACAUGAUGUGGCUAUAAGGUUAUUUAACGCUGAAGUCAAAUCUUUAUCGCAAUUAAGACAUAAAAACAUAGUACCUAUUUUUGGAUACUCUAUUGAUGGACCGACGCCAUGUAUAGUUUGCAAGUACAUAGAUGGUGGUUCUCUAAUGGAAAAAAUUGCUGCAAAAGUACUGAACGAAAACCAGAGACUCGAGAUAAUUUCGGGGACAGCAGAGGGCCUAAAGUAUGUGCAUAACACUGUAAAGCCGAUUGAAGUAAAUGGAGAUGUCAGCCCUAUCACAACUUUUUACAUACACGGUGAUGUGAAAAGUGCUAAUAUUUUAUUGACUAAAGAUUGCAAACCAAUGCUUUGUGACUUUGGCCUGGCGAAGCAACUAGAAUCUACACGUGUAACUAGUAUGAUGAUGGGGACAUCAGCCUACAUGCCUCCGGAAGCAAUAAAAGGGACUUUAACAAAAAAAACGGAUGUUUACAGCUUUGGUAUAGUUCUACUUGAAUUGCUUACAGGCUUGAAGCCAAUUGUUGUGGAUAGCAAUGGAAAUUUAAAUAUAAAAGAUUAUGUUGAACAAGUAAUGAACGAGAAUAAAGAUAUCACACAGCUUUUAGAUAUGGUUGUUGAAAGGUGGACCAGGGCACAGGGCAUUUAUGAAUUAGCUAAGAGAUGUCUGUCAGAUAAUAGAGAUAAUAGACCUUCAAUUGACGAAGUUUGUGAAACUUUGGAAAAAAUGAUAAAUCAAGAGUCAUAUGAAAUCUUGUAUGCACAUGUUUAAAAAUGAGUUAAAAGUUAUUGAAAACUACGGUGUAGUGUGAUUUAAGCAAACCAACAAAACAAAUCAUUAAAUAUACUCAAUAGUUAAACAAGAGAUUUUUUUUGAGUUCGUAACUACAAAAGCUUAAACGUUGCCAUUCUGUGUAGUUCCCAAAUAUGGUGUUAUCUGUUACUCAAUUAAGUAUAGAGGUUAUCGAAGUGAAUUGUAAAAUUAUUUUUGUUUUUGAAGUGAAAAUUUUUUAGACGCGUUGAGAGUAAAUUUUAAUCGCGACAGAUUCGUUACGGCUAGAGAGAAAAUACAAUUUAGGAAGAGAAAAUAGGUAGACAGCAUUUCACGAACCACUGUUUACGGGCGUCGGCCACUAGAUGGCUUGUUAUUAGUUUCUCACUGCUCCUGUAGAUGGCAGUAACAUGUGAACUAUCAUUAUAUUUAGUUUAGCAACACCUAUUGGAUGUCAUAUAAACUAUUACAUUGUAAGGCCAUCGGUGUUAUCAGUUUAGUUUCUGAAAUAUUUACAGAGCGGUAUUUUAAAUUAUCACAAAAAUAUUAAAAUAAGUAAAACCUAAGGACUCGCUCGAUAAUCAUCGAAUACCGGCAACAACUUCUUUUCAAGCUAAUGUUAUUUAUUUUUCUGAAGUGAAACUUCAUUAAAAUAUAACUCGCGACAGAUUCGUUACGGCUAGAAAAAAGAUACAAUUUAAGAAGGGCGAG